UCCAUCAUAUUCUUUACUUGUAUUCUGAAUAAUAGGUGCGCACCACCAUGCCCGUUUUAUGGCUUAUUCGAUAUAUUUUCUCAAAAUGCAACUUCUUUCUUAUCAAUUUGAAAUGAGCCACGAGGAAUCAAAAGCUGUAAAGGAGAUGUCAAUAUUCAUUGCGCUUUUUCACAGCGAAGCGUUUUUAAAAUCCAGGCUGUCCACAAUCUCACCAGCAGUGGAUUUGAAAUACUUGUCUUUAAUGCAACUGUACAAACAAGAAAAUCUGGCAGCUGCUACCGUUGCGAUAAAGUCUGUGCAUAAUCAUUUAUGGUACUUAACUGAAGAAGCAGUGGUACUAUCUAUUUUUGACAGCGAACUUGAUUCUGCUCUAAGACAGCGUUUGGUUGAAAAGCUGCUAACGAUCCCUCGUCCUAAAUCGUACGCCCCCGGGAAACCGAAAUUUCCCAAAAUAAAUAGCGCCGGAACGAUUAUCGAUUACCCAAAUCAAUUGACAACUUUCCUCGGGCCUCGUAGCUGGUUGUUAUUCUCUUUGCUGAAUUUAGGUGAUGAAUGCUUUGAUUGGAUGUAUACACCAGUGGAUUCUUGGAAAAAUAUGGCUGGGUAUAAAAAAAUUGAAAAGAUUGUGCGUUCAUUUGAAGUUGUAAAUGACUGCGCUGAGAGGGCGAUAAAAUUGAUUUCAGACUUUAAAGAUACGGUGGUAAAAGUAACUGACCAAGAGUAUUUAUUCCAGGUGAUAGAAGAUCACAGAACACACUUCACAUCGUUCAAUAAAUCUAGUUUGAAAAACCUUUGAAUUGUUGUAUCACUGAACGAAAAUAAUACAAUUUCUUUUACAAUAAUAACUUC